AUGGCCAACGAUCCUGGCGAGCUGUCGCUCAGCAAGCUCUUGUCAACUCUGACCCAUACGGUCCAUCCAACCACCUACGUCUUCGCCACGUUCACCGACACCUCCAAUCUACCACCCCUGCCCGAAACGCAAAUGAUCUUCAAAGAGUCCGAGGGAAUCACAGUGAUUGUUAGCAAGGACUACGCGGAAUCAAACAAGAUCGAAUACUUCUUCCCGUGCAAGAUGGUCACUCUCGAUGUCACAUCGAGCCUGGAAGCUGUCGGGUUCAUGGCGGUUAUUGCGACGAGAUUAGCGGCCAAGGGCAUUGGUUGUAACCCUGUUAGUGGUUUCUACCAUGAUCAUGUCUUUGUGCCUCUUGGUCGAGAGGAGGAGUCAUCGGAAGUAUUGACCCGAUUAGCGGCGGAGAAGAGGGAGGAAACUGAGAAGGUAUAA